CCAGGUGGCGCCCCUGCACGGGUAGUGCUACAGCGGUUGAAAGCCCCGUCCCUCCCCGCCGGGGAGUGACCUCUUUCCAGCGAUGACAGUUUCCUGCAGAGCUGCUGACACGGAGACGGACGGAUCUCCUUCACAGUCGCGGGGAUAAACUGAAGGAGUUGGUGGGCAUGCGGGGGAAGCAGCAGCUCGAGUCAGUUUCACUUUAUUCUUCAGGAGAGAACGGAUGUGGCUGUUGGACACCGAGAGGAAAUGAGUAACAAGAUGGAUGGUUCUGCUGGGCCAGGUACGAAGGCGAAUGGACAGGCUGGUGCAUCCAGCAGCCCGGCGCCGCCACCAUCAAGCCCAGGUGUGACCUCAGGAGAACCACAGGAAGAACAGCAGUCAUCUCUUGCUGAGGUCAUUCAAAUGUGGAUUAAGUUUGCCAAAACAUUUGCCAUCAUUUUCCCCAUUUAUGUGCUGGGAUACUUUGAGUUUAGCUUCAGCUGGAUUCUGAUUGGACUGGCCGUGCUAUUUUAUUGGAGGAAGAACUAUUCCGACCGGGACUUCAGGAUAAACCGCUUGUUAGCAUACCUGGACCACGAGGACAAAGCCGUGAAGCAAAAUGUGCCGAUGACUGAACUGCCGCUGUGGGUCCAUUAUCCAGAUGUGGAGAGAGUGGAGUGGCUCAAUAAGACCGUGAAGCAGAUGUGGCCGUUCAUCUGCCAGUUUGUGGACAAGUUGUUCAGAGAGACCAUUGAGCCGGCGGUGCAGGGGGCCAACGCCCACCUCAGCACCUUCAGCUUCACCAAGAUCGACAUGGGCGACAAGCCGCUGAGAGUGAACGGAGUGAAAGUUUACACAGAAAAUAUAGACAAGAGGCAGGUCAUCAUGGACCUGCAGAUCAGCUUUGUAGGAAACACAGAAAUCGACGUGAACAUCAAGAAGUACUACUGCACGGCAGGAAUCAAAAGCAUCCAGCUCCAUGGUGUGUUGAGGGUGGUGAUGGAGCCUCUGCUGGGGGACAUGCCUCUAAUCGGAGCCCUGUCUGUCUUUUUCCUGAAGAGACCUAUGCUGGACAUCAACUGGACAGGACUCACAAACAUGCUGGAUAUCCCUGGUGUUAAUGGUUUGUGCGACAGCCUCCUUCAGGACAUCAUCUACAGCUACCUGGUGCUGCCGAACCGCCUCAACAUUCCUCUGGUAGCAGAGGAUCAGCUGGCCAAGCUCCGCUUCCCCAUCCCCAAGGCCGUCCUAAGGAUCCACUUCAUCGAGGCUCAGGAGCUGCUGAGUAAGGACAAGAUUCUGGGGGGGCUGAUCAAAGGCAAGUCGGACCCGUACGGGGUCCUCAAACUCGGGACGGAGCUGUUCCAGAGCAAAGUCAUCAAAGAGAACCUGAACCCAAAGUGGAACGAAGUUUACGAGUCACUGAUUUACAGCAACUCUGGAGAGAAUUUGGAGGUUGAGCUGUUUGAUGAAGACACAGACAAAGACGACUUCUUAGGAAGUCUGAUGAUCAACUUGGCCGAGCUGAAGAAAGAGCAGAAGGUGGACGAGUGGUUUGUGUUGGACGACGUGGCCAGUGGGAAGCUGCAUCUGAAACUAGAGUGGUUGUCUCUGCUGUCCACACCUGAGAAACUCAACCAGGUGCUGGCGGAGAUCAAAGCCGAUCGUGGACUCGCCAACGACGGCCUGUCGUCGGCGGUUCUCAUCAUCUUCCUGGAUUCAGCCAGGAGCCUGCCGAGCGUCUUCGAGGGGAACUUGGGUUCUGGCUGCUUAAAAGAGAGGCGGUCGGGCGACCUCGUGUUCUGUGAGAACACGUCUUCUCUCUAUAGGACCAUUUUUAGCAAUCCGUUAGAGUUCAACCCAGCGGGGCUGAGGAAGGUCUCGGUCAGUAAGGCCAUCAAGUCUGGUAAAAAAGUCACCAGUGAGCCCAGCCCAUUCGUCCAGUUCACAGUGGGACACAAGACCUUAGUGAGCAAGACCAAAUAUAAAACCAACGAACCUCUAUGGGAGGAAACCUUCACCUUCCUCAUCCACAACCCCAAAAUACAAAACCUGGAGAUCGAGGUGAAGGAUGAGAAACACGAAUGUUCACUGGGAACCAUAACACAGCCUUUAAAGGAGCUGCUGGGAGCAGAAAAUAUGACGCUGAGUCAGCGCUUUCCGAUCAAGAACUCUGGACCAAACUGCUCUCUCAAAAUGAAGAUGGCUCUGCGGGUCUUGUAUUUAGGAAAGGACACAUCCGUGCCACCAAACUCCGCCCCUUCCUCCGUGCAGGUCCGCAAAUUCAGUUCCUCCAAUGCAGCCCCACAUCCUUCUGUUUCCUCAGAGUCCCCCAAACCUCCCUCUGCCAUCUCCGAGUUCCCCCGACCCACACCCGCUCCAGCUCAGGACAUACUGAACCGAAAGAAGGAAGCGGAGGAGAUAAUCAAAUCUCCAGGAACCUCAGACCAUACUCAGCAAGGUGGAGGAAAAGAGGGAGGAGCAACGGGAGGAAUGGGAGGAAAGAGCUUGGCAGAAACUGGGAGGAGCACGUCUAACCUGAACAUCUUAGGCUCCCAGCUUUACCUGGCUGGAGGGAAGGAGUCGACGCCCAGCAUCGCCUCCGAUAUCUCCAACCCGUACGCUGCUCAGGAGCUGCAGCAGAGACUCCAGCAGCUGCAGAACGGGUCGGGACCGAGCCACUUCCCACUGGGGGAGAUCCAGCUGACUCUCAGACACAGCUCACAGAGGAACAAGCUGAUUGUGGUGGUUCACUCCUGCAGAAACCUGAUCGCUUUCACCGACCACGGCUCGGAUCCCUACGUCCGACUCUACCUGCUUCCUGACAAACGCAGAUCAGGAAGGAGGAAAACUUCCACCGUUAAGAAAACCCUUAAUCCAGUUUACGAUCAGACGUUUGAGUUCAACGUUUCCGUCAUGGAGCUCCAGAGACGGACUCUGGAUGUUGCUGUCAAAAACGGAGGAAGUCUUCUCUCCAAGAACAGAGGUCUUCUGGGAAAGGUUCUGGUGGAUUUGACUCAUGAUGACAUCACCAAAGGAUGGACGUCAUGGUUUGAUCUCUCUGAGGACGGUCAGCCCAAACUGCCCCAAGUCUAGAAAAUCUUCUUCAUCAUCACGGGUUUCAUCCUUUCUUCAGUCCAGAUUUGAUCAUUUCUAUAUAUAUUGAAAGAACUUCAUAAAGAGAGUUAGCUUUGACUCUAAUCCAGUCACACGAGUCAUGAGGCAAAGUGUCCCUUAAAGACGAGAUCACCUAAAGGAUCUAAAUGUAAAGACUUAAUAUUACAUGUUGUACCCAAAGUUCUGCUAUAAAGUCUAUAUUCCAUAUUUAUAGUAGAAGCUAUAAUAGUAGUUAUUUUUGCUGCAGAAGUUUCUAGAAGUGUGUAAAUAUUGUAAAAUGAUGCUGGACUCUGCCCGUGUCAGAGCGGUGUGGUGUCUUACGGCCAAAGGAUUCUGUUGUUUUACCCAAUUGAUCUUUUUUAUUUAAAGUCUUUUAUUUUUUAAGACAAACAUUCUGAAUGUUUCCUGAAGCCGAACCGAGGAGCAGUCGCACCAAAGAGACGAGGAGUUUUAGAUGCUUUUGCUUUUGUGGUCUUGGUAACACGACGACACGCCGGCGUACCGCUGGAGAAACUCUGAACCAAAGGAGGAAAACUCAACUAGAAUCUGGUUUAACGAGUUGGAUUCAUCCUUACUGAAUGUUAGCCUUCCUGGUUUUUAUCUGAGUUUAACAGGAAAAUUCAUCUAGAAAAUUUCAUUCUUUUAAUAAACAGGAAACAAAAGACCUUUUUAAGUGAUUAUUUUAUUUUACAUGUUGGUAUUUCUGCUCGGAGAAUAAAUGUUUUAUCUAAAAUGACAAAAGUCUGGAUAAUUAAUGCUAAUAAUAAUGGUUAUUUCUAAAUUAUGAAAGAACAAUCUGCUUGGAAAACUGCUUCAUUUGCUAUAAUACCAAAUAUCAGAUUAAAUCUAGAUUAGACAUGUCCAGUCUGCAUGUUAUCUCAGAUUACUCCUUUAGGGUUUGGAUUUUUAUUCCAGAAUAAUCAGCUGCAUUUGAAAGAAGGUGAUCCAGAUAUCCACAGUUAUGCUGCUGAUGCCAGCCAGGUGUUCCUUAAAGAGCAAGUCACCCCCAAAUCAACUUAUUUUUUCUGAUAAACCACAUAAAUGCAUGUCUAAUCGUGCUGCAGACAGGUGUAGUGAAUAGUUUUGCACUUUAGUACUUUACUUUUACGUUAGUAAAAAUUUAAAAUUUCUGCCUAAAACUGUCAGUGUUGUGCUGUUGUCAGUUAAAAACUCAGCACUGCAGUUGAAUUUAAAUCUGCCAUCUCUAUUGGCUAAGAGGUACCCUAGAACGUUAGCUGGUACCAUACGAUGUCACAAUGUCGUUGUGAGCCUGUGUGUGUGUGUGUGUGUGUGUGUGUGUGUGUGUGUGUGUGUGUGUGUGUGUGUGUGUGUGUGUGUGUGUGUGUGUGUGUGUGUGUGUGUGUGUGUGUGUGUGUGUGUGUGUGUGUGUGUGUUUGUUAGCAGCUCUGCCCUCUCGGUCUGAUAGGCAACAGCAUGUGUUGCAUUUUUCAAACAGGAAGUGGGAGUUGAGUAAGAAUCUGGUAGGGGAUGACUUGCUCUUUAAAAAUAAAUACAAUCCUUCAGUAUUAGAGCACCUUUGUUUUAGCAGGUUAGCCUUUUCUGUUCUGCUGCCUGCAUUUAUUGAGUUCAUGAGCAUAAAACAAGAAAUAAUCCAAACUGAAAGGUGCAGAGACAAGUCAGGUUUCUUUAAAAUACACAGAUCUAAUUAAAAAAGCAUCAGCUGGAUAAACUCAGAUUCUUACUCCCAAUUCAGAUUUAUUUGUUUAAAAUCUGUUAAAAUAGUUAAAACCUUUAUUUUAAAACAAUGAAGUCAAGUUGAAGUAAAACUCAGAUCUAGCGCCCUCAAGUGGCAGCACAAGAAAACAGUAAAUUCAUUUAAUUUCUCAGGAUUUCCCCAAACCACAGCAACCUUACCUACAGGUGUGCUUUGUAACAAUUAACUAUGAUUUAUUCCUUCAUACAAGCUGGUUAUACAUGAUUUAUGUUGCUUACAUAUUUAACAUAAAUGAAUUAGUAAAAUAAAAAAUAACUCAUGAUUUCUCUUCUGAGUUCAUCCAUUUAAAAUAAAUGUUUUCAUUAAUUCAAAAUUCAGCCUUUAGGAACUAAAACUGCUUAUUUUAAUCAUAAAGUAAUUUGAAAUAAAAUUGUGAAUGUAUUGGGCAGCACAGUGCCGCGGUGGCUGGCACUGUUGCCCUGCAGCUAAAAGGCCCUGGUUGCACAUCCUGGCCUGGGGUCUUUCUGCAAGGAGUUAGUUAGCAUUUUGUCCCUGUGCACUCGUAGGUUCCUCCGGCUUCCUCCGGUGGUUUGGUCUGUCUGAAUUAUUCUUGUGUGUGUUGCCCUGCAAUGGACCGGAGAUCUAUCCAGGGUGCACCCCGCUUGCAUGGACAAGCGGGUUCAGAUAAUGGAUGUUUUAUUCCAAUUCACCACUUUAACAGUUUAUCCGUGUAAAAAUGAACUCAGAAAAGUUUAAACAGCUCUUGUGUGUUUGUGCCUCUAAAUGACUGACAUUUUCUUCAUAAGGGAUUUCUGUUUAUGACUAUGGGGCAUGUUGUAUGUGAUGUUACAUGGCCAUGAAGCAUCAGUUGUGUUCAUAUCUGGUAUUUAAGUUGACCUUUGACCUGAACACAGCUUAUAGACCGUUGCUAUGCUGCGUUUACCUUCAGAUUUAAGAAAGUAUUUUACAUGUUUUAUUAUUUUCUUCCAGCUGUUUUCUUGUUUGUUUGCCUCUCUGAGGCAGAGUUUGUCCUCUGAAAGCUGUAUUUCUGUUUCAUCGUUUAAACUCGUGCCUUAUAGACCACCUGACCUGGACACAAAUGUACAGAAAUGCCUGUUGGACAGGAAGCAGUAAUGCUGAAUGUUUCCUUCAUGUAAAGAGCUUUAGUGGGCUACUGCAGCAUGAAGCUUUGCAGGUCUGUGGGUUUGAUUUGAAAUUUUAAGAACAUUUACAAUAAAAACAUCUAAGCUGCUUCA